AUGCCUCUGAGAAGUAGAUUGUCGCGAGAAGAAAAAGGGAAGGGCGUCGCAGAUUCUCCGAGUCCGAUUAGAGAUGCACGGGUAACCGACAGUCCACCGGAUGAUUUCGACUUGAUUCAUCGCGACGCUCUUCGGGAUUCAGAUAAUAUGACCCUAUCUCAACGCCUUUUGGUCGCCGAGGCUCAUAAGAUGAUCCGUGAUGAAUGCGCGGAUCGCGUUGAAGUCGGGAGCAGUGACGUGAGCGGUAGCGGCUCUGAAGCGUCUAGCCAAGCCUCAAGACCUUUGAGACGAGCUAGUCGGGAGAUUCCUUUCGACCAGAUAGACUGCCGUCCCACGAUCUAUCAUCCUGGCGGGAUCUUCGAAGAACUCGGUCCACUCCCGUCUGAAUUACUUCGUGACCCGCGGGCUCAGUCAUGGGGGAAUGUCUUCGAUUCUUGCUCCUCUCACAAGACGGUGAGGGAUUUAUUAAGGCGAAGUGGAGGUUCCGGCGUUACAUACAUCAUUCCUUCCAAGGGACAGCGUCCUUGGUCGCCUCCGAUUGGCUAUCAGUGUGUCUACGAGUCAUAUUUUGGAGACCAUACAAAGCUCUGGUUUCCAAUUCCCCGACUGAUCACGUCGUACGCGUUUCGUCGGGACAUCGCCAUCUGUCAGUUGCUUAACGGGUCGCUGCGCAUCGCGGUUAUGCUGAGGGUGAUGGCAGCGGAGAUAGAUGUUUCGAUGAGUGUGAGAGUAUUCGAAGAGUUAACUUUCACGAAGGCGGAACCACAUGGAAUAUUUUCAGUGAAGAUGCGCUCGAGCUACAACGUUUUGGCUGGGCAUCCGAACAAGACGAAGGACUGGCAGCGCUCAUAUUUUUAUGUCAAGUCUGACGAGCAUGCCUUCUCGGAGCGACCUGGGGACGACUACCGCGUUCUAUGGAACAAAACACUUGUUCGCCACCCAAAUACGAGCGCAUACCCGGAGAAAUUCUGCGAGAGUGCUCAGGCGAUCGCAGCUCACAGCCUUCUCCGUUGGCCUGAUCUUAGUCGAGAGUGGAUAAGACGUCAAGAAGCUCAGAUUUCUAGAGUUGAUUGGGAGUCGAGACUUCCUGUUGUAUUCGGGCCCCGUAAGUCGCGUCUGUCCUUUUUUACUCGGAAACAGCAGAAGCUUCUAGACGAAGCUAGAAAGAUGGACGGAGUGCCGGAUUUGAGUGUGUUGUUGAAGGGGAAGCUGCAAUUGCUCUCGAAGAAGUCAAUUCCUGCCGAUGUGCAAGGGUCGACCAGUUCUGACGCAGGCCGAGCUUCCAAGGAAGGAGCUCCUGGUUUGGUCGACAAAGACGUUAGGGCGGAGCCUCCUGCCUCAAAGAUCGCUUCUCUCGACGAAACCUCUGAGGGUUUGGAAGCAAGGAAGGAAGAGAGAGGAAGGAAGAGGCUUUACGAAGGGGCUACUUCCUCCAUUGAUCACGGAGAGGCACCGGCAGUAGGGCGAGAAGGCGCUACAGGGGGUUCCGUCGAGUCGGAUCGUUCUGAAGCGGCGCCUGAAGAUCGUCCCAGAAAGAAGAAGAAGAAGGGGUCCAUCGAGGCGGAGCCGCGUCCUUCUGAUGUGGAGACGGGUCUGGUCGAGGUUGUCGCGGGAGGCGGCGUUUCUCUUGAAACCCCUCCUGAGGAGAGAGAGGUCUCAGCGCGGGGCAGUGAUCCUGUUGCGAGUGAGAGAUCUGUUCCUGAUCCGUCUGCGAGGAAAGGGUCUCGUUCAGAAGCUUCGGGAACGAAGAAGUGCCUCGAGGUUAUAAAGGCGAGUGGGACGGAGAUUCCCCAAGAAAUGAUCGAUGUCUUCGCUAAGCAGGAGAAACUUUACGAGGUGGAGGUUAUGAAACUCCGAGUAGAGCCGCUGUCUGAUAGCGACCUUACACUUUCUCCGCUGGUCCUUCCUUCUCGUUUCGUCGCGGACCGGUUCAGAACGUCAUUCGAUCCCUAUGGGUCGAACGUAAAUUUGAUCGGGCCAGAGACGGCUUCUCGGCUCGUUACCUCGCUCGAAGUUGUUGAGGAGCCAUCAGAGGAGCCACUGGUUGACGUCACGUCUAUCCCUACUCAACAUGACGAGCGCCCAGAGAAUGAGAAUCUGGAGGGGUUUCCUGGAAAGGACGACUUCGAGAUGGGCGACACUCUGGUUCGAGAGGAAGAGACCGAGAACGUGGGCAUCGAGGAUCCUGUGAUUGUCUCGGAUUCUUCCUCCGAAGGACGAGAAGAUGAAGAGGAGGAAAACGAUGGAAUCGAGGAGACGUCGCUGCCACGUCCCGCUGAGGAGGAGACGACCUACGAAGCUGGGGAUAAAAAUGUUCCUCCACCUCCUGUUGAAGACCCGACUGCUGCCACUACCAAAGGUCCUGACGAUCAAGAUUAUGUGCCUUGA